ACCAGACCUAGACACAUCUCCUACCAGGACAAUGAAGAUCGUUAUUGUUCUCAGUGCCCUGCUGAUGAUCUCCAGUGCCGAAAUCCUUUCACGAUGUCAAGUUGUUGAAGCUAUAAAGGAUUCUAUUCUGACUAAAUUCACCCACUACAGUGUGGCAGACUGGGUGUGCCUGGCCCACCAUGAGAGUCAAUACAACACAACGGAAAUUGGCCAUGAGACAAGAAAUGGGAAGGCCUGGGCGUCAGAAUAUGGGAUCUUUCAGAUCAGUAGCAAGUGGUGGUGUGAUGAUGGAAGAACUCCAAACUCUGAAAACGGCUGUGGGAUCGCAUGUAAUGAGCUGCUGAGUAAUAACUUGAAACCUAGCAUUGAAUGUGCUGCAAAAAUAGUGGCCAAAUAUGGAAUGGAGGCCUGGAGCAGCUGGGUCAUAAACUGCAAAGAUAAAUGGAUCGAUUAUUACACAUUCCUUUGCUUCUGAUCAGGAUGAGAAAAUUGUGUAGAUCAAACCCUUCCACUUUUAAAUAUCAGAACAUGGAAUACUUCCAGUACCUAACUUUGCAUUGUUAGGACAGCUGAGUACCAAGUCAAUAAAGGUUUUUGUUGCAGUUUAUUGAAGUAAACACAAGCAAAAAUUAAAA